AUGUCUACCAAUUCUUACGAACAUCUGCUUCCUCCCAGCUGGAAGUCUCAGGUUGCAGGUUGGCUUGCAGAGGACACGCCUUCUUUUGAUUACGGCGGUUAUGUUGUGGGUGAGGUUAACCGCGAGGCGUUUCUUUUUGGGAAAGGCAAACAGACCGCGGUCUUGGCCGGACGACCCUUCUUUAAUGAAGUCUUCGCGCAGCUUGGAUGCGAGGUUGAAUGGCACAUCCAGGAGGGUGAGACCUUUGAACCCGUCAAGCAUGUCGCUACUGUUCGAGGCAAAGCAAGGCACCUUCUACUUGGCGAACGCAUCGCCUUGAACAUGCUUGCGAGGUGCAGCGGCAUUGCAACGAAAUCUAAACGCAUUAAAGAUCUUGCAGUGGGAUAUGGGUACAAGGGUAUUAUUGCUGGGACUAGGAAGACAACUCCAGGGUUUCGGUUGGUUGAAAAAUAUGCGAUGAUUGUGGGGGGUAUUGAUCCUCACCGCCAUGAUCUUUCGAGUAUGAUUAUGCUCAAGGACAAUCAUAUUUGGUCAUCGGGAUCUAUCACUGCUGCAAUCCGACAGGCUCGUGCAGUGGGCGGCUUUAGCUUGUUGCUUGAUGUGGAAGUUGGAUCUGAAGCUGAAGCAGAUGAGGCAAUCGAAGCAGGCGCGGAUAUCAUCAUGCUGGAUAACAUUGAGGGGGAACAUCUCGUGAGUGUUGCUCGAAAGCUCAAGGAGAAGUGGGUUGGGAAGCGGAAGUUCCUCUUCGAGACAAGCGGUAACAUCACCGAGGCUAACCUCGAGGAGCGUGCAAUCAAUGAUAUCGACAUCCUCAGCACAAGCGCUGUUCAUCAGUCCGUACCACACAUAGAUUUCAGUUUGAAGAUCCAGAUGCCCGUGUAA